UUCAGGCGUUUCAGGAUCUCUCCGCACACCUUUUGUAUCGCGAGGGAGGCGCGGUUUCCAUGUGCAGAGCAACUCUUGGUUGGAGGUAUGGACGAAGUGCCAUGAACUGCAUGAACACGAAUAACGUGGUGGGUCAGGCGUUUUCUGGCCAGAAGUCGAGAAGCUCAAGAAAGCAAUGACGACUUUGUGACAAUCUCAAAGUUAGAACCCGUAGACACGCUUCGCUUCCACAUUCUCAAGACUGCCCGUGCAGGUCACUCAAGAUGCCUCCUUAUUUUUUUGUCUACAAGAAGACCAUCCUGGCAGGACUCUUGGCAAUCCUAUUCAUUUUAGCCACAUUUCAGUUGAAGUUCUCAUUGAGCAAAGCCCCAUCGAACCUUCUGAUGUACGGCAUAGUACAACAUGCACAGGAUACUGAAGUGCACAUACACGGAAAUGUGCAAGCAAGAGGAAACGAUGCUGUCUUGCAUCCACUGCAGCCUGGGUACCUCUUAGGUGAUAAGGAGCCACUUUCCCUCCAUCACAUUCAAAUGGAAAGUCUCGUUCGUGACCUCCGCAACUUCUUGGUGUCGUCAUUCCACUCUUCUCUGAUGAAGAGUAAAAAUGCUGCAGCUAUUGUUUCCAAGUCUAGAGAGUUUUUAAGAGUGUUGGAAAUAAAGCUCAACGUGACGAAGACGCUGGAUGGUGCCCAGCAAAUGGUAGAUACAAGCUUGAAGGCAUUGCAAGCCCUUGUUCAAAGAACUAUCCACGCCCUGCAGCAUCCAGUGGACUGCGAAAAGGCCCCAAAGCUACUGUGCACUUUGGACAACCCCUGGGGCUUCGCGGCGGGUAUGCACGAUGUUCUCUGGUGUUUCGUUGCUGCCCUUCGGAUGGGUAGGACAGUCAUUCUGGAGAGCUCCAAGUGGCAUCAUGCCCCAGGCAGUGACUGGUCAAAAACAUUCGUCCCACUUGCCAGUAUAACAUGCACAAAUGUCAGCUUGGCUGGUGCUGUAAAAGGCUAUCCAGGAUAUGAUUCUUCACCAAAAGAGAGGAACAAGAUACUGGACCUGCCUUUGACCGUUGCAGACACCCUGGUGGCCAACCAUGGCACCCCGUAUGCAUGGUGGUAUGGACAGAUUAUGGCAUACAUUCUGAGGCUCCAGGAUUCCACACGAAGGAAGAUUGACAUGUUUAAGAGGGCCCACGAUUUUGAACACCCAAUUGUCGGAAUACACAUAAGGCAGACGGACAAAUUGCGGGAGGCUGCAUAUCAUGAAGCGGAGCAGUACAUGUCACACGUGGUGGAGUUCUACCUGAAGCUAUCUCUUACGAGGCCUCUCACGAAAAGGAGGGUCUUUGUCGCCACAGAUGAGCCAAUGGUCAUUACACAGCUGGAAGAAAGGUUUCCGAAGUACACAUUUAUCUACGACAAAGCAUCUGCUGAAGAGGCGCACAAUGAGAAAUCUCGGUCUUCAUCCUCUGCUCUGUUUGCCAUAGUUCGAGAUGUCUACCUGUUGGCAGAGUCUGAUUUCCUUGUCUGCACCUUUUCAUCGGGGUUUUGCAGGGUUGCCUUUGAACUGAUGCAGACGCUCCACAGUGAUGCAACUUCACGUGCUGUUUCCGUGGACAUUGACUAUUUCUACGCCUACGUUCCCUUCCCGCCAAGCAAGGCUUUGUUUCACAACUGGGCUCACCUUGAUAGCGAGCUUGACUUCGAUAGAGGGCAGCUCAUUGAGAAGCCAGAGUCUCUCAGUGCUUUGCAUGAAGCUGUAGGCAAAGAGUUCUGCGAUGGCUACCAGCAAGGUAGGAUACUGGGCUCGACAAAAGUAGGAAAAUAUCCUACGUACAAGACAGCACAGACCUACAGGGUCGUGGAAUAUGCAGCAUUUAACACUUCCCAUAGAUGAGUUAUGCUUCAUGUUCGUGGGAGUGUGUAGGUAUUUAGUACCUUUAAUGUCCCUGAAACAAAUUGCUAUUCGUGCUUUGGUUCUCUUUACAGUAGCAAGCUCCGUAACGUAUUUGGAUUAUGUUACUAUUUAUACCUUUGUUGUACUUUGUGGUUACAGCUCUUAAACCUCAGAGUAACAAAGAAUUGCAAAAAUUUUAACACUGACAAAUUCAUUGCAUCAGGUAUUCGGGAUCCUUCAUGGUGAAAUGCUGUUCGGUGUCUAAUACAUUUGAAGAGCACCUAGAAAGGAAGAUCCCAAACGUGUAUAAUGAAACGUGACAAAUCUGGGACACUUAUUACAUCAAGGAACUGUCUGUGUCAAUGUUCAUUACAUCAACGGUUAAUUGCAUUUCGUUAGCGAGAGCCAGCUGAAGAGUUUUCAGGGCUGGUUUGGAGGUAAAGUCUCUGAUGCAGUACAUGUGGCAGGCUGUGAUGUUGUGAGGAGAAUGCAUAGUUGUGCUCCAGUGGAAACAAAGACCACCUGUGCUACUUAAAUGAAACACAUGAACUGUGAAAUCCCGAUGACACGAUUUGUUGUAUUUCAAUCAAGUGCAUUUCAUAUAGUGGAAGCCAGCUGAUGGGUUUUCGGUAGCUCAGAACAAAUAUUUCACGAUUUUAGGAGUAUCUAUUUGCUCACAAUGUGUGUGCAAGGCUGCUUUGGAGGUGAAAUCUCAUGCAGUGCAUGUUGCAAGCUGUUUGAUGUCGUGAAGGAGAAAGCAUAGUGGUAUUUUGUGGAAAGGACUACCUGUGCUACGGUCGCCGACCGAUAAUUUGGACUCCAAAAAUUUUGACUUUGCAAUUUUUUUGACAAAACUGUUGGCACUGUCAAACUCCCCAUUGAACAAACACAUUUCCUCGUCCAGUAAUUUUGACCAUUCCUCGGAAGACCCGCUCGAUUAUUCGUACUCAUCUCGCUUCAAACCCGUAUUUUGGGGACUUACCGUUUCCCAGGAUCAGGAAAUACGGCAGAACAAUGUGCUCCUGCACCUACUGCAUUACGAAAGGGCUGCCAUUCUUGACGUGACACACGUGUGGAGGCGCAGCAUGUGCGUGCGGGACGCCAGGGCUCAUUUGCGCGCCUCCCAACCGAAACUGAACACCCCACCGCGUCUGAUGUGUUGCAAGCAGUGUUGCGGAUUUCAAUCCGGAUUUAAAUUCAUCAAAGGGCUCGUGGAUUUGAUUUACGGGGAAAAUAUGGUGAGGAUUUGGAUUUCGAUUGAAUCACAUUUUUCACAGAUGAUUUGGAUUUGGACUGAAUCAUGUUUCUUCCAACGGAAUUGGAUGUGUAUUUGGUCAAGCUCCUUAAGGGAAAUGGCUGGAUUUUGACUGCUGCGAAAUUUGACGUUGCCCGGCAUGCAGAUUCUUUGUCAGUCGUAUCUGAGGCCGUCUCUAUAACUACGUUUUUACGACACAUUUGGCUGAAUUGCAUUUCACAUAUGUUUGCACAUGAUGCAAUGAAACUCUUAAUUAGGAAAAGGUCUAAAAAAUGUUUGGAUUUGGGAUGGCAUGCCUUGCAUCCCGCCAUCUCGGUUCCUAAUGUCCCGCCGAAAGUUCCGUUUUGUUCAAAAAGAAAUCGUGAUUUUUUGAUUGCGUGAAACAGUCUACGGACACUGUCCGUCGACUGCUUCAAGCUUAAGAGGUGGUCUGUCUGUCGGACAGACCACCUCUGAGGCCUAUAGAUAUCUUUCCUUCCAAGCACUAAGGGUACGUCAUGCAAUACUCUCACACAUAAUCACAUGGGCAGUUCGACGUUUAAUUCACAACGGUAUCACAGCUUUCUAUGAUUUCUUAGAAAUGGACCGUAUUGGAGAAAGCGCACCACUGGGUCACUGAGCUCAGGCAAAGUACGUUAAAGAAAAGGGCUACCAUACACACAUUUUGUCUCUGUUGUUGGUUCUGAACUGCGACUGAUGUCGCGUUCUGGUGUCUCAGAGAUUGCUAAAAUAAGUCCUGACAAUGUGCACAUGAAAACCAGGCAUAUGAGGUCAUUGUGUCCAGGAAUAGGAAUGUGAAUGUUGCUAGCCUUUUUUCAAAGUGGCUUGCUUAUGGUGAACUUGAUGCCACCGCAGGACUUGUACCGCAAGAACGAACGACGAAAUAGUCCUUUAUUUAAGCGAGCAAUUGUACAGUAGAUGAUUAUGUUUCCCCUCUCGGCUAUUGGAUGUCCGCAGCGGCCUUCUACCUGCUGCUUUCGGAAGUUAGCGAAACAUGUAUUUGCAGUACGUGCAAGUUCUGGAGCAGUUGAACGCGUGUUCUCUGCAGCCAGCCAGAUCAAGACCGCGAAAGGAAACAGGCUUCAUCCAGCUACAUUGGAGCAGCUGGUCUUUCUAAACAAGAACCUGAGAGAAUAAGACUGCUUACGCGUGUUGGGCGGAUGUACUAUUGAGUCUGUUAUAACACAACUGCGGUGUGCAGCACGCAGCCAUCACAUUUAACGUAACAUAAUUCCCGACAGGUCGCUUUAUCAUAUGUGCCGAGUAGGCGUAUUUGACAAAUGUUACUCCGAUAUCCACGUGAAAAUAAAAUAUCAGCUUCAACCUUCGCAUCGCUAUGUUGGCUGUUCAUACUCUCCGCUCCAGGUGACGUUUAUAGGUGUUUGUACCAUGUCACGGGUCUUAUCCAACGAAUGCAUGCAGUAAUUGUAUACCUUGUAGACAUGGUCAGAUGCAUGUUACAGUUAUUUCGGGAACUUUAGCCCCCGGAUUCGUUGACUGUUUCCUUAAAUCCGGAUUUAAAUCCAGAUUUGAUUUAGCACACCAAAAACAAAUCCGGAUUUAAAAUGAUUUGAUUUGUUGCCUCAAGUUUAAAUCCGGACUUGAUUUGGAUUUGAUUUGAGGUGUUCCGAAAAACAUGGAUUUGAUUUAAAUCCGAUUUGACUCGUUAAAUCCGCAACACUGGUUACAAGAGGUAACCUUCGACAAUUAUGUCUAUGGCUACUGAAAUGUUGGCCUCAAUUUCAGAUGAGGAUGUCAAUGAUGAUACUGUCAUAGAUGUGUUUAAUAGAGGCGAAGACGCAAAUUCAUUAAUGAUAGAGCACUAAUGUGGCGUCCUCUUUUGCCGCUUCAGCAGCGCUAACAUCAUCAAUGUCGUUUUCGGCACUGAUAACAGAAAAAGGUAAAAAACGACGGCAGUGAUGAGGAUGUCGUUGACGCAACCUGUCUACGGUGGCAAUCCUUGCCUCAGUGGAUAAACUGAUGAACGUGUACGAGGGUAAUGAUACACUCUUUGAAAUUUGCUUUUUUUUUUUUUCGCUUAUUCGUCAUUUUUUAAACGUGGAAACUUUUAAAAAGUCACUGUAAAUGUUCUGAAUGAAGGCUUUUGAAAUAAAAUAGAUUUUUCGCUACACCAUUCACUAUAAUUCUACUGGCCCCACUAAACGCCAAUAGCCGUUUACAGAAAGUUCGGACUGCCCAAUAAUUUGCACAGAUUUCGUGGCUCCGAAAAAGUCCAAAAAAUCGGUUGGCGACUGUAUUUAUACGAAACGCAUUUCCUGUGAAAUCUAUGACACAAUCUGUUCUGACACAGCACAGUAUGAUGCUUCGUGCCUGCCUGUCUUCUAUGGGGCUACUUCUGAAUGCCACAAGUGCUGUUGAACUAUUCAAACACACUCUUCGACCAUACAUCGCUUUGGAAGUCUGAUUCAUCACUCACUGGUGGAAUUGAGCAGAGGGAAUAACAACAUGGUCUAAUAUGAACAUACUGUAUUUUCACGCGUAUUAGCCGCACCGCAGAUAAGCCGCAGGACUCGUUUUUAGAUACAUUUUGAAAAUGUUUUUGCAGAUAAGCCGCACUCGCAGAUAAGCCGCGGGUAAUACGACGCGACUGCUUUGUGCGCUUAACCAGUGAUGCACAUACAAAAUCAACAGAGACGCUCAACGCUCGUCAGCGCCGUACUCCCUGCCAGCUGCCCUGUUCCCGUACUUGUCCGCGAAGUCGACGACUUUUAUUUUGAAGCCGCUGUCGUGGCUGUGCCUCAGCGUUGGAGCCAUGCCACACCUCUAACUGUCGUGCCCGUGUCCACGAAUGCUGCUGCUCUCGUCAAAUGAGAACUGACGCUUAGCUGACCACGUUUUAUCCCGAUGUCAGGUGUAUUGAACCCUUCCUGUGGGUCUGCCGACAAAAGAGACUGUAGGGAAGGCCAUAAACCCUGUCCACAUUCCGGUGUCGGCAUGAUGUAUAACAAAGGAGGUCAGUUCUAGUGUUCUACUAAGAUCGGAUUGUGCUCUUGUUGCGUGUUUUUCGUGGAUUGACGGGUUAGUCCACUCGAAUGUGGAGUGGACCCGCCCCUGUUCGGUAUUGUUCGUGCACUGGCAGGGCGGUCCUGUUCCCGGGGUAUGGGGAAAGUACCAGGGAAAAAUAGUCACCAGAUAAGCCGCACCCACGGAUAAGCCGCAGAGCGUCCGCGAAAAAAAUAAAUCGCGCAUAAGCCGCGGCUAAUACGCGUGAAAAUACGGUACCUCCCCUUUUAGUGUUUGGGUGUGCGCUGCUUGAAACUGUGCAAAACUGUUUUCCAUGGUCUAGCAUUUACCUGAAAGAGGAAGCAACAGGAGGACAGUGGCUAUACCAGUGUGUCUGAGUGUGUAGAGCAUCUGCUAGUUAGUGGUAACUUGAAGGUCAUGAUGAAAGCUACGAGGGUAUCCUGCUGCCGAAGGUUUUCUGGUAGCCUUUCAAUCAAGCUCAGCACAGCCCUUUCUGGUGUCUGCCCAAGUUACCUUCCAGAGCUCAUGACAGUGUGUGGUACAGUGCAAUUCCGUAAAUUUGAAUACAAAAUAACAGAAGAUUUGUUCAAAUAAAGCGAAUUCGAACUAAGGGGAAUUGCUCUGAAUGAGGGCGUUACGCGCUGGAAGCGCAUAUACCAGCUGCAUGGGAGGCUCGUUAUGGCCUGCUAGGCCUUGCAGCUCAUUCCUGGCCCUGCGAUGCCGACAUAUAAGACUCAUUCAUUCCAAAAUAUCAUCUACAAUAAUAAGGCAUGAAAACAUCUCUGGGUAGAAAAUAAUACAUAUAUCAUACGUGGUUGCAUUCGUUCCUUCAGCCACGACUCAAUCAACAUUGUUUGCGAUAUUGAGCCCAAUCCAAUCGCGAACCCCAUGAACAUGAAUACCACCAAGCCAAUUUGAGAACAUAUUGGCUGUCAACCAGUCCUUUUUGUUGUCUGUGUUGCCAACAGGAAAAGGCCUAAUUCCUUUAAAAAAACAACUCUUACUUGAUUUACCAACCACAAGUAAGUGGCAUUGCUCUGCACGUUGGUGCACACCAUUACAGCGACUUGUUCCUCUUUCCUCUGGCACAAGUAUCACUUUGAUAAGAUAGGAUUGUGUAAGUAAACAUAUCACUGACAUGCCAGCAGCGCGCUUGCCGGCACGUGGUUAGGCGCUUUUGGGUCGAUGCGUAGUCGGGAGCCGUGCGCAACCAGGCAAUCUCGUUCGAAUAAACCGUUACGCGUGCUCAUAUGUUCGAAUUACUGGACAGUUUCCUCCAUUGGAAUACACAUGGCUCUGCCGGGGCUUGAGUGCCAGUUCAAAUGAUCCAUAAGUUCAGACUGAGAUGUUUCGAAUUAACGGGAUUGCACUGACUAUUUUGAUGCUUUAGAACAUUUUUUUUUAUUAAACUGCAUUGAACAAUAUUUUACAGGUCGUGCCUUGGUCAUCUACCUCGUUUUAAUUCUUUUGAUGCAGCUUUUAGGCACACGAAAUAUAAAUGCAGGGAAUAUUUGUGCAAAUGAAUUGAGUUGCAAUCUCAUUAUCAGCUGUGCUGCCUGAAAGAUUUCUUCCCACAUCCACGUCGGUUGUUUUCUGAAAGUUAUCGAGAAUGAUUCCCGUGAAACUGCCUCCUUCCUAGGGAACAUAUCACCAUCUUCCGUAAAUGCUUAGACCUGCCACGAUGUGCCCACUUGGUUGUGAUGAGUGAUAAGGUAGUUCCCUGGGUUGGAUAAACAGAUCCAUGAAACAUGUGCAGACUGCCAGUUGCCCCUCCGGAGGUUGUAGCUUACUAGUGGUCUCUACUUAUAUUUAUUAGGACUUAUGUUUCUUAGGUUUGUGAUAUUUGCACAGAGCUUUGUUGCAUUAGGAUGCUGCUUAUAUGCCCAUAUUAUUUAGAUCUUAAUGUAUUAAUGUAUUUCAUAUUGUUGCACUUUUUAAUGCAUUGUAGUGAGUCUCAUCUUCUUCAGUGUGGUUAGCUGCCUGAGAAUCCGGCUACACAAUUAGUGCUUCCAUAUUGUGUUAGUGACACAGCCAGUGCUUUAAAAUUAUUUCUCUGUUUUGCGGGUUAAAAUUGGUGUAUGAUACAAAACAGAGCAUGUCUGUAGAUAGAGUAACACAUUUUACCCUUAAACCUUUUGUAAGAAAGUAUUUUGCCGAUAUACAAGAGAGAGAAAAAAUAAAUGUUGGCUAUGAGACCCAA